AUGCUGGCUCAGCUCAUCCUCGCUGCGGCGGCUCUCGGUCUCCUGCUCGCCGUGCGGCUGUAUCAGGUGCUUCCCCGGCGAAACCGGCCGCGACGAAAAGACUCCGACAAGCGGCCCACACGAUCUCUCGCCGUCUUCCUCGGUUCAGGAGGGCACACGGCAGAGAUGAGGGCUAUGCUACGCGCCCUCGACAGGCGGAAGUACACCCCUCGCAUCUACGUUUAUGGCGCCGGUGACGCUCUCAGUCUCCGCGCGGUCUCGGAGCUCGAGGAAGACGCCAAGUCUUCGGAAUACUCCCUGCUCGCUCUUCCUCGUGCUAGAGCUGUCGGCGAGGGCAAGCUCUCGACACUCGUCAGUGCAAGCCGCACGCUUGCUGUUACUUUGCGGCACACCUUCUUCCUUCCCCUCAUCCAGCGACCAAGCGAGCCAUGGGCCGACGUACUUGUUCUGAACGGACCGGGAACGGCGGCGGUGCUCGUCCUCGUGGCACAGGUGUUUGGUCUCCGGUAUACUAAGAUUGUGUACGUUGAGAGUUUUGCGCGUGUCAAGAGCCUGAGCCUGACGGGCAAGCUGCUUCGGCCGCUCGUGGACACGUUUGUGGUCCAGUGGCCCGACGCAGCGGGCGACGGUGCUGCCCCGGGAUCCGGGACGACGUACAAGGGCUGGCUCGUGUAA